UGCGCACGCAGAGAGGCGGUACUGCUGGUGACUGGUGGUGAUCAACCGAUUACAGGCUUGACUUACUUAUGGACCACAUGCCCCGAUUCCCGUACCCUUUGCUCAGACAUAAAAUACACCAAGUUAAGACUCAACCCUUCCCAUCCGACAGGAAAACAGUCUCCUGCCAAACGGGCUCUCAAAAAGUGGACGGGUGGCCGAUAAACAGUCAUGUCGCUCUCUCGUCGUGUUAUACAGCUGCUGUCCACUUCUACUUGCGCUCUAGCGGGUGUCCAGGAACUAUGGUGGAACGUCACCUACGUCGAGAACGCCAACCCCGAUGGUCUUUACGCCAGACGGGUCGUUGGAGUGAAUAACACUUGGCCACCACCUCCCAUCUCCGUCAACAAUUCAGACUCUCUGCUCAUCCACCUUACCAAUGGCUUGGACCAACCCACUACUUUGCAUAAUCAUGGUAUGUUCUUCAACUCUACCAGUUGGAUGGAUGGAGCGUUAGCCGUCAGUCAGUGUGGAGUGCCCCCCGGUCAGACCUUUGAUUAUCUCGUCCCCAUCAAUUCUUCCGGUCAGUGGGGAACAUAUUGGGCCCAUGCUCACGCCUCGGGACAGUAUGUUGAUGGUUUCCGUGCUCCGCUGGUUCUCCAUCCUGCUGAGGAGACUUACCAAUAUGACGAAGAGUUCACGGUCAUUCUUGGUGACUGGUACCAUCAACAGCAUUCGGUAUUGUUAGAAUCGUUCCUCAGCAUCGGCAACCCUGGUGGUGCGGAACCCAUUCCAGAUUCGGCGUUAAUAUACUUUGCCCAAAAUUCCACUUACCUGCCACCUAUUUCUGGAACUUCUCCUUCUCCAGUGACAUCUGCAGUAGGCUUUAAUGAAAACUCGACGCUCCCAUUCGUUCCAGGAAAAACGUAUAGGUUGCGAGUAAUUAACACUUCCGCUUUGGCCACGUUCUUUUUCUGGAUUGAUGGCCACUCCAUGCGCAUCAUCGAAGCUGACGGGACGGAUGUCGAAGAAUACCCUGUUGACCUGUUGGAUUUAGCAGUUGCGCAACGAUACUCAGUCCUCGUAGACGCCCGCAAUGAUACGUCCUCCAACUGGAUGAUCCAUGCCAAUAUGGACCCUACCAUGUUCGACACGGUGCCAAGCACCCUACAAUUGAAUAUCACAUCCUCAGUAACCUAUGCAGGCGGUCAAAACAUCACGGACCUAGGCACCGUCUCGGAGUACCCCCAGUUCAACGAUUCGGUACUGGUUCCAUCCGUUGUAGUCCCACAGCCACCUGCGACCAACACAAUCGACCUAGAAUUCCUCUUCGAUACCAUGAACGAUGGCACCAAUCGAGCAAUGAUUAAUGGUGUUGUCUACAAUCCCCCACUCGUACCUGCCAUAAUGUCCGAACUCAGCCUUGGCUCGAAUGCGACAGUGCAAGAGGCAUAUGGUCCUUAUAGCUAUCUCCUCGACCACCUUGAUGUGGUCGACCUCGUGGUUAAGAACACGGACACAAACCACCAUCCUUUCCAUCUCCACGGCCACAAAUUCCAAAUUGUCAAUCGGGCGUCAGUGUUUGAUUCGGAUGAUCCGACCCUCAACCCUCCUCUGGUAGAGGGACAACCUAACCCGAUGCGCCGAGACACCAUAGUUAUCCCCGGUGGAGGUUCUGUUACUUUACGAGUUGUCGCGGACAAUCCGGGAGCUUGGUUAUUCCACUGUCACAUUGAGUGGCACCUAGAAGCUGGACUCGCUGUCCAAUUCAUCGAGGCGCCGCUGCAGGCUCAAGAACGUGCAGCUGGGAACGUUCCCUCUUAUAUGUACGAACAGUGCACGGCUCUUGGAGCACCCGAUUCCGGAAAUGCAGCCGGUCAUGCUUCUGCGACUGACCUCUCAGGGCUUCCUCUCGGUCCGUAUCAGCAGAAGCUGGGUUGGCUCCCAAAGGGUAUCCUGGCGAUGACAGGAUGUGUCUUGUCAGCAGUUAUCGGCAUGUUGUCCGUUGUGUGGUACUCAAUGGGUGAAGGGGACAGCGACGAGGAGAUAGAAGAGGAAACACGACGCCGCUUGGCAGACAAAGCGAAAGGAGGGAAGUUAUUUGGUAUGUUCAAAAGGAGAGGCUGAAUGUGUCGGUGUACUAGGAGGACGAUCAGAAUACCAAUGAUUGCAUAGCUUGGGGUAUACGUGUGUACGUGUGUACGGGAUAUGUCGGAAGAUGGCACGGGAUUGGUCGAUUCAUUGAACCACAGGGUAGCGUUUGGCACAGCACCGACCAGUACCGAUCCAGUAUAUACUUGUGGCAAUCAACGAACCUCGAAAGGAAGUUGAUGACAUGGACAUGGACACAUCUUGACCCCUUUAUCGCUUGCUCUUUUCCACGGGAUCUGGGGCGUUAGCAGAGAUAUUCUACGCAACGCAACGCCGACAACUCCGAGACC